CGGACGCUCCGAAACCCUGAAUCAUUGUCUUGGUUCGAUCAUGUCAUCCAUACUGAAACAGGUUGCUCCUACCGAUGUUAAACCUCGACAACGAUCCAAGAUAACUGUGGUCGGAGUGGGCGCUGUCGGAAUGGCAGCUGCAUUCUCUGUUAUGGAGAUUACUGGUGAAUUAUGUCUAAUUGAUGUGUUGAAAGACAAGGUAGAAGGCGAAGUUUUGGACCUCCAGCAUGGGCAGCAGUUUCUACGCAGAUGUGUCGUGCGUGGUGGAACUGAUUAUUCACUCUCCGCGGACUCGGAUAUAGUCUUGAUCACUGCUGGCGCUAGGCAAAAUGAAGGAGAGUCAAGAUUAAACUUGGUUCAAAGAAACGUAGAGAUCUUCAAGCACAUUAUUCCAGAUGUUGCGAAGUACAGUCCAAACUGCGUCAUCGUAGUAGUUUCAAACCCUGUUGACAUUCUCACUUACGUGGCGUCCAAAUUGAGUGGCUUUCCCACACACCGCGUCUUGGGUUCGGGAACUAUGUUGGACUCUGCGAGGUUUCGUUUCCUACUGGGUGAAAAACUUGGAGUGUCUGCAAACUCUGUCCAUGGUUAUGUUAUUGGUGAGCACGGUGAUUCAAGUGUGCCUAUUUGGAGCAACGUCAACAUCGCUGGGGUUCGAUUAUCCUCAAUAUAUCCGCAUAUUGGUAUAGAUAAGGAUCCUGAGAACUUCGACCAAGUUCAUAAGGCGGUGGUGCAUAGCGCCUACGAAAUCAUAAGGCUUAAAGGUUACACUUCUUGGGCAAUCGGGCUUACGUGUCGCUCCAUUUGCAACGCCAUUCUCAACAACUUGCGCACAGUGUACCCUCUAACUACACUGGCAAAAGGAUUUCACGGGAUUAAAGACGAAAUUUAUUUGAGCCUGCCCUGCCUGCUCACCUCAGCCGGAGUAAGUCAUGUUAUUCCACAGCAUCUAAGUCAAGAAGAAGAAGAAAAACUACAACACAGCGCAAAAACCUUGGCGGAGGUCAUCCACGAUAUUAAAUGGUAAUUUCUCCAAAAGCGACUCACCAAUAACUUACAUUUUGCACCUCGAUUGCUUUAGACAUAUAGUUUAUUCUUUGUGGUCUCGGUAAAUAUAGCAUUUGCACUCCGU